GUCGUCCUGCUCCAGCCACGAUACGAUCGCAUCACGCGCUUCCAUUGAUGGUCACAAACUGGAGAAAUGGCUUAUCGAAGCGAGGGUGGUAUUUUUCAUCGCAUACAAAAUUGGAGAGUUCGGACCUCGUGGUGGCAAGACUAGUUGCCUUUUGUGACCAAGAGGAGGUGGAGGCGAUGCUGUCGGGGUUCGUGCAAAAACACGCUGCUUCGUUCCAUGGAGUAGAGGCGGAUGAAGAACAUGGUCACGAGGUGCAUGAACUAUUCAAGAGCUACGAAAAAGUGUUCGAAGACGUCAUUGCGACCUUCCUCCGCCAAGAAAAGCUUUCCCCCAACGAGUUCUUUGCGCACUGUCGAGCGUUGCAACGCAGUCCCAAGCACGAGGACGCGACGGGAAACUUGCAACUCCUGUUGUCAGCGCUGGACUUUGAGGCCUUCUGUGAGCUCAUGACCCGAGAAGCGAUCCAGACGCAGAUCGCUCUAAAAGAGGCCGAAGAUAUGGGACUCUGAGCACGUUGCAAAUACAAAUGUUGUUUGUUAUUUUACCCAAUUAGUUUCAAAGCCUAGUGGACCAUAGGCAUGCAACUACACACAUGAAUACACACAACUCCGAAGACUCUUGAGCCUCCGGGGGCUCAGCAGGUCACUUACAAUGGGGUUAUUUCCA